CUCAACACUCGCCGGUAAUGAUCACAAGUGGUUGCAUACUCGCUCUGUGGCAAAAAGGCAACACUUUCGCAUUAUUUACUGUCACCAGAUGAGAUAGACGACUAGGUCACUGUGGGAGGUUGCGACCAAAGUCAGUUUGUGCAGGAUUAGGUCGUUUUUGUCUCAUUGUGCCAUGGAUUAGUGUGAAUUCUGGCGGUGUCCAGGCCCAGGCAGGAGAACCAAGCAGCGGCGGUAUGGGGCCGCGUGCGUGGUGCUGUGGCCAUGCCGCUUGCACCGUGCUCCUGUCGCUGCUGGUCAUCCUGACCGCUGUGUCCUAUCGCUCGGACUCGGCCACACACUGGGUUCUCAAGCAGAGUGGCAAGAUCGAAGUUCGACCUAACUCACCAUACAACCUCCGCAAGCCCCAUGAUGUACUAGCGUUCGUACAGCAAGACGAGUUUAGCCGACGUCUGAAGCAGUUAAAUCAAGUAUUGAAAGACAAUAGCCAUAAACUGGAGAAGGCUGACAUCGAGAAAGAUGAUGACAAGUUGGUUGAAGCCAAUUUUUACAAGACCGACAAGGACUGCAUUGCAGCGCCACGUCGUCUUAUUGAUUUAGAUCUUUACUCAAGUACUUACCUACCCCUGGAAAAGAAAGGAAUCAAGAUGACGGAUCAUUUGACCUGUGCACCGGGGACUUACUCAGACGGCGUGCCGAUGGUGCCCGACUGUCGCAAGCCACCUCUCGACUUCAGUCCCAAAUCGUUUGAACACCUGGCCGGUGUACAGGCCCGGUCGCAGCUUCCCAGUCAACCUGAGCCGGCGUUACAUGGUGCCUUCCCCAAUCACUUUGCCAUGGACCAUCUUGGCAGCUGCUUGAAAGAGGCUAUUGACAAGAACUCCAGCUCUUGGGUACUGUUGAACAUUGCGUCAAUCUACUGGAGAAUACACGGACACUACUACCAGGCAGCAGAGUGUUUGCGUCGUGCUCUCCACUAUUCACCACCGCGCCACCGAGAUGUUGCACUGCUGAGCCUGGCCAAUGUUCUGCAUCGCUCACAGCACUCUAAGGACGCCGUAAUUCUGCUGCUUAGCGCCAUAGACCUGUCGCCGCAUUUGUUCAUUCAUCACUUCACACUGGGAAACGUCUACGCUGUGAACCGUGAGUGGAACCUAUCAGCUGCAUCCUACCAGCGUGCCGAUCAGAUCGAGUCGACCAUACCGGCUGCCAAGGAGUCCAUGUACGCCGUUCGAUGCCAGCGGAAACUGGAGGAUCUGCUCACGCACCGGCAGCAAAUACUGGAGAAGACCCUGUAUGACUUGGAGGAGUACCAGGAGCAGCAUUUGGAGUUCCAGAAUAUCCAUCAGCAGUUCGUUGACAACAUCGACAGCAAGGAUCGAGAAGAAGACCCAUUCUUUGGCCCGCUGAACUCUGGCCUGGACAGUGACGUUGUCAGUCCGUAUGACCAUGAAUACAAUAGUACAGGCGGAUGGAAGAACGAGGCGUUCAGAUGGCCAGAAGUAAAUGCAGAAGAGGAAGAGGUGGAUGCUGAUGACAGCGACAUUGACGACGAAGCCAAUGAAAAUCAGCAGGACCACCGCCAGAAAAGGCGUGGAGCAGCAAGAGAAAGCCUGGAGCAGUGUCCGGCCGGUUCCGAGGCUAAGGGUGGCAGAAAGAAGAAGUCACGCGAGAACCUGGAUCAAAUGUGCAGUGCCGAGGAAGCCAUUCACCAUGGGAAGUCUUUGCCUAAUGAUGCUCCGGAACAAGAGAAAGAUCAGUGCUUAGUCACGGAGGUGACAACAGAGGAAAUUGAAGACCUGAGAGCUCGGAUGGAUUGGGCAGUGGCUGGGGAUACGAUAGACUCGUCGUUCAGUGUCGAGCAGGCUAAAACCGAGUUUGAACGCAUCAUCAGCUCACUGGACGACGCCGACCCACAACUCAUUGCACUGGUCAAGGAGAGACUCAAGACUUUAUCCAGCGCCAGGCAUGGCCUGCAGGACGUCGACACGGAUGAGUUCAACUUGCUGUCGGCGUAUGACAAACUGUCGGCGUCGGCUCAGUCCUGUCAGAACAAGAAGGACGGCGAGUCGCAACAGCUGCAGCAUGCUACAGAUACUAGACAUAGUCGGCAGAUUUCGAGCAGCAACACGCCAGAAACGGAUGCCAAUGUUGGUCAAGGCAACUCAAUCAAAAAUGCCAAGACUAAAUCUACGCUGCGGGAAGACGCUGCAGACGAUGAUAAUGUCGUCAUGGUAACGCCGGACGUGGACGACGAAGAGUACGAGGUGGACGAGUAUGGCGAGUCUCACAUUGACCGCACGGCAGUGCGGCUGUCGGAGGAGCAGGUAGACCAUGACAAGCCUGGUACUGGUACUGGUGAUGACCAGAGUAACCAUGGUAACCUUGCUGGCAGUGCUGAACUGGACGACUCACAGGAGAGUUCGGCGAGGAAAGAGGACAAGUUCAAGAUCAGAAAGUGCAAGCGUCCUAGAGUUUGGAUAACGUAUGCACCUGAGGCGAAUACAGGGUUGAGCCAACAGAACCGUGUACCCUGUGCUGCUGACCAAGGACGUCCCAAGAAGAUAUCUGAGCGUGUCUGCCAUCGCUACGGAGAGGAGCAGCAUGACAAGUAUGCUGUGGAAGUUGGUAAGGAUCCGCCACCCGGCCUGGACUUGCGUUUCUAUCCGUUCAUAUUCGAUCGCAGGCAGAAUGGCGAGGACAGUGGAACUGCUCAGCUGGGAGAUGUGGAGACGGAAGUAACUCUGACCGAACUCGAGGAAGACGCGGCGCGCAACCGGCCAAAGAGGAGAGGAGUGCGCUUGACGAUGAACAUGGAGACCGACGUCAGAUACAACAAUCGUUUACCGCCGAGAGGGCGGAUACCUUGCAUGUCGGAUGGAAAACCUCCACUGAUGAGUGGCAUCAUCACUCACGAGGAGAGGCAGCUACUGCUGAACGGCAAAGCUAGAGAUCAGGCCGCCAUUGCUGCCGCUGUGGAGAAGGUUGCCAAUGAAAUGCUGAACCCGAAUGCCUCUAAGCCGGGCAACCUCCACCCUCCGAAGCUGAGAGUCAAGACUCCCGAGGAGGUAAAGGCAAGCAAGGCCGCUGCAUCAAGCAAAACUCCGUCAGACUCUGAAAAGCAGCAACCAGCACAGCUAAGCGAUGCGGAGCAACACUGGAUACGCGAACAAACCCGAUUCAUAGAGGUCUCGACCGAGAAGAAACAUAACGGACCCGUGAUGCCCAAGUACUUGGCCGCCAAUAUCUCCUGGGAGAGAGUGUAUAGUGAAUCACCACGCACUGUCAUCGCUAUGAAACGGCGCCAGGAUGACACCAUCCAAAAGGUCCUGGAUCAACGCCGCAGCAUCCUCUCUAAGAUUCAGCUCCUGCCCUUGCGUAAUGCUAUGCCUCAAGAAGAGGUGCUAAGGCACGAUAAGGACACGCGGAUGCCAGUGUACGGAGCACCAGAAGUGACGCAGGAGGAGUGUGAGGUGCUGCCAGCAACACCUCCCUGGGAUCACUUCCCUGCAGUGUAUUUGCCUCCGGAAGCACGCGGUGUUAAUGUGUCCGAGCUACUUGCUGUCGGCCUGCCUCCUAGUCACCUCCAUCCCAACCCAUGGAUGCCACCAAUCUGUGUGCACUACGCCGCACUGCCGCACAGUAUGAAAGCGUUUGAUCAUCUCCUGGGUAUACAGUAUCGUGACCAGUUGCCCAUGGUCCCUGAACCGGCGUUAAACAAUCUGGUGGCUAGUUUAGUGGAUCCUGAGGACACGCUGGAGGAGAUUGGACAACGACUUACCACUGCUUUUGAAAUGUCUGCACAGCCUGCUCACUGGGCGCUAUUUCACAUUGCUGGACUCUUCUUCCGUGUGGUGGGCAAUCCGUUCCACGCUUUGGAGUGCAUGCGCCGUGCCGUUCACUUUGCACCGUUCGUCGCCCGCGAUGUGCCCUUGCUAGGCAUGGCCGAGAUCCUACAUCGUACCGGGCAAAUGGCCGAUGCUGUCGUCUUGCUGAGAGCUGCGUUGGGCACCCACCCCGAGCAGCCAUUGAUACACCUUGCCUUGGGAAAUGCUUUGGCAUCCAAUGGCGAGUUCUUCCAGGCCAAGCUUCACCACUCGUACGUGUGCACCCGGCAGCCUCAGCUCGAAGCUGCUUGCCUUGCCGUUCGCUAUGAUGAAUGCUACGCACGGAGGGAAGUGCCACAGAACAUCGUCAAUGCUGCGUUCAGGAAAAAUGUAGUUCCGUCGUGCACCUUGACGAAAUGUGAAUUAUCGGACUCACCACUACGCCGUAAAUACGAUGUCAUCUCGCAAGUGUCACUCAAUCUUGCCAGCCCGGAGUUGCCGGAGAUCGUGCACAGGAAUGUGUCGGUGAUGAAGCGCUACUUCAACGAGUUGCCGAAUAGCGUUGUCAGUACGUCGCUGAAACGCCUUGCCGCUGUUCAUCAAGAGCGAACCAAGAUCCUAGCUGAGAUACGAGAGAUGCUGGCGAAGGAUCAGCAGAGGAUUGAUGAAUUGAUGCGAGGUCCACCUGCACCAAGUAUUAGUUCCAAAACUACACUCAAGCAAAAUGAUGAAGCAGCCGCCAAAGGAGAUGACGCAGCUAUCCUGUCAAAGUCACACCCGAAAACCUACCGCACCAAAGUUCCUUUGCCCAAGGUUACCAAGGAAGCCUGCAAGCAAGUUGAAGGUCUGAACCUCCGAGAACUUACUAGCACCUGGUUGUCUGUGGAAGUCAAGAAGAUUAUAAUCGGUGACCACAUUGAUCUCUCUACGCCAGAAACGGAUGGCAAGAAGAGACGAAAGGAGCCGUUUCCCAUAUGUCCAGAGGUUGCGAAAUUCAGUUUGCACAUGAUGGAUCACCUUCAGGGUGUACAAGACACUGAAAGGUUUGAGCAUGUCAACUUAUCUGAACCAGGACUAUCUCAGGUUAUGUUUGGAAUUGGCGGCCAGAUGUUCUCCUUGUCAUCGCUUGCUGGGCGUAUCGACGAUGCGUUACAAUUGAACACAACAUCCUGGGUGCUUCACAACUUGGCAGGGCUGGUCUGGCGACUGAAGGGCAGAGCAGACCUGGCCAUCCGCUGUCUGCGCCAAGCGUUGCACUUCUCACCGCAGGGCAGCCGUGACAUUGGUCUGGUUAGCUUGGCCAACGUCAUGGCUAGGAGUCGCUCGUUCCGUGACGCUCUGAUCCUGAUGGGCAUGGCGAUGGAGAUCUCACCGAAUUUCGUGGUACAUCACUUUACCAUCGCGAAUAUCUUGGCUGCGACGGGAAACUACAAGGAAGCAGAAUUCUUCUACCGCAAUACGCUGAGCUAUCAAUCGGAUUUUCAACCUGCGUCGCAGCGGCUGAUGGCAGCGAGGUGCAGACGUCAAUUUCCCACUGCAUCCGACCACCACCAGCAACAGCAGCAGCUUACCACAGAUAUUGUGGACAAGAUAGCCUAACAAACAACGUCAUUACACAACAGACAAAUUGACUAGGCUGCAGUGGCAAUUUUUCAUUAUGCAGUGUUCAACUGCACUUCUCAAGCAUGAUGAUAAUCGUGUCUGGUCUUACUGCAAGUUUUGAGUUGUGAGUCCUGUACGAGCCGUUGUCACCCUUUCACUGUGCACUCUCAUCAUAUCGUCUUAGCUACUCAAAUAUUUAUGGAUUGGAUCUUUUACAGGGAACCACAGAGUUGAAACAAGAGUUUCUCCAAGUCGCA